AUGUCUCCAUCAAGUCAAUCGGCUCAAUCGUAUUACAAUGAAUUUUUACGUUGUGCUAUAUGUUCACAUGAUUUUGAAUAUGAAAAUUAUUUAUAUCGUCCAAUAACAUUAUCAAUAUGUGGCCAUACAAUGUGUGGACAAUGUAUUGAUAUUAUUUGUAAUCAAACAAAAUGUCCACAAGAUCAAAUUUCAUUUGGUAUGAAUAAUACACCCAUUGAUCAGUUGCCAACAAAUUAUCCAUUAUUAUCUCUUAUUUAUGAUCCAAUGAAAUUACCUGAAGAUAUUGAACAACGUUACGAUCAAUGUUUAGCUUAUAUGAAGCUUGAUGAUGAAACGAAAUCAUUUUUUUGUCGUACACAAACAAUUCUUAAUGAUAUUGCAAUUUCAAUUAAACCAAUACUAAAUGAUAAAGAAUGCCAAUCAGUUCUAAGUCGUCCGAUGAUACGUAAAAUAUUUAGUGUAUUAAACUGCCAAUAUAUUGAUCGUGAAGGGCGUUUAAAAGCUCUUAAAGCAGCACGUAGUCUUGGCGAACGUACAUGUAUUGAUUUUAUUCUUCAUCAUCAAAAUCCUCAACAAUUAACAGCUAAUCUUUGGUCAGCUGUUCGUUCACGUGGUUGUCAAUUUCUUGGACCAGCUAUGCAAGAAGAAGUAUUAAAAUUAAUUCUAUUAGCACUUGAAGAUGGUUCAGCAUUAUCACGUAAAGUUCUUGUUCUAUUUGUCGUACAAAAAUUAGCACCACAAUAUCCGCGUGCAAGUAAAACAAGCGUUGGACAUGUUGUACAAUUACUUUAUCGUGCAUCUUGCUUCAAGGUACAAAAACGUGAAGAAGAAUCUUCGUUAAUGCAACUUAAAUCAGAAUUUAGAAAUUACGAAAGUCUUCGUCGCGAGCAUGAUUCACAAAUUAUUCAAAUUGCUAUGGAAGCUGGUCUUCGUAUAUCACCUGAACAAUGGUCAUCACUAUUAUACGGUGAUACACAACAUAAGUCAUCCAUGCAAUCAAUAAUAGAUAAAUUAUCUACACCAGCUUCAUUUUCUCAAGCAAUCCAAGAAUUUUUAAUUGUUUUACAACGUGCCGGAGAUACAUCGAAGUAUUUGUCGUUAUUAAAAACAGAAUUUGAAUUUUUAUCACAGAUUGAUUUUGGAAAUAAUGAACAACAAAUUAGUUUAACUGAUAAUCAACAAGAGAAUUCGACUUGGCCAUCGAUUGUACAAGCUUUACAAUGCGUUAAAACAGUUCUAAAAUCUUUAUUUGACUUUAAUCAACAAGAAUCAAAAAAUAAUUAUAAUAAUAAUAAAAAUCAUCAUUAUCAUCAUCGUUCAUAUGAUUUAUCAUCAACAGCAUUUACAUCAUCGACAUCAUGUUCUUCACCCAUGACUGUUUCACCGUUAGGUGGUAGUAGUACUACGUCAGAAAAUCAUCUACAAACAUCACUACACAAUCAAAUCAAAUACAAGGUAUCCAUGUGUCGGGAUUUUGUACAAAAGCAAUCAUGUCCACGUGGUGUUCAUUGCACAUUUGCACAUUCAAAAGCUGAAAUGGACAAAUAUCGUGCUAAAAGUCGUCAUUCAAAUGGACCAGUAUUAACAACAAAUUCAUCAAAUAAUAAUUCUCCUUCUCAACCAACUUUACAUGCAACUACUACAGGUCCUUUACCAAUAUUUACAACAGUAAAUGGUGCGAAUUUAAUUCGACCAAUGCCUCCAACAUUAUUACCUUUAUGGAAUCCACAACAAUCACAACAUGUUAUUCAAGAAAUACCACAACAACAUCAUCAUCAUCAUUACUAUCAUCCUUCACAAAUUCCUGCAUCAAUUCUUCAAAUACAUGGACAUCCAACAAACACAACAUAUGAACAACAAACAAAUAAUCAGAAUAAUAGCUCAAGUCAAAUUCCGGUGAUUGCAGCAGCUGCUCAAGCUAUUCUUGAACAAAACAAUGCUGCUGCUGCUGCUGCAUUUGCUGCAAAUGCUUUUUAUCGUUUUCAACACCAACAAAAUUCUUCAAUGCCAUAUAAUCAAAAUCAAACAAUGAUUGCUCAACAACAACAAUCUUUAUUAUCUCGACCUUAUAUUCAAACAACAAAUACAAAUGCUGGACAACAAUCAUCAAAUUCUAUGCAACAACGUACUAGCAGUUAUACAGAGACACGUUAUUCAUCAUUAUCAGAUCAGCAUAGUAAUCAUCAAUCGACACCUAAUUUCGCUAAUAUUGAAGAUUUACGUUUACCAUCUGUAAUACAGCUUAAUGGUAAUAAUAAUUCAACAGAUAAUACAAAUAUAAAUCAACGCAAUUAUUCAGUUCUACAAACGAUUCCUGCAAAAAAUGAUGAUAAUCAUUUGUAUUUUCCAUCAAUGAAUAAUAAUACAGCUAAUUUAAAUCGUCAACAACAAACAUUUCUAAAUGGUACUACUAAUCAUAAUGGAUUAUUUCAUGAUAUUCUAUUAAACAACAACAACAACAAUAAUAAUAAUAAUAAUAAUAAUUCAAGUAAUCCUAUUACAUCGUUAUCAGCAAAUACUUUGAUUAAUAAUCGACAACAGUCAUAUAAACCAUCUUCAACAGUGGCAUUUCCUCCACAACAACAACAACAACAACAAAUACGUAAUGACGAGAAUGUAUUUCAUAAUAAUAAUCAAUAUACCAGCAGUUUCGAGGAUGAUGAUUAUGCGUUAGUUAAUGUAACGAAUAAUGCUGCGAAUGGUGGUGUUGGUGGUUCAAAUUCAAAUGAUAGUAGUUUUUUCUACUUCGGCUCUACCAAUGCACAUGCAACAGCUGCCUAUAAUUUCUAUCAUCCAAACUCGCCAUUAGGCGGUAAUGGUCACUCACUCAAAGCAUAG